CAUGGGUGUGUUGCUACUAUUGAAGACAGAUUAACAGAUUUUGCCUUAUCUCUACGCAAGGAAUAUACAGAAGAGAGCUCAUCUCAAUAUCAAGGGGAAACUGAGGUAUCUGUAAUUGUAGAAAUCCUUACAUCGACACAUUUACACGAUAGAGGCAGUGAAGACGAAUAUUCAGACCAAGAUGAGCCAGAUAUUUUGACAUGUGGAAAAUGCAAAGCUGUUUUUAAUAAGCUAAAUGAUUUUGAGAAACAUAAGAGGAAAAGGCAUUUGAAAGACAAAAAAGAACGUAAUUCAGCAACAAAAAAAAUUUACAAAGUAAAAAUUGGCGAAGCUGGUAAAGAAUGGCCAACAGACGCAAUGAAUGCAUUCAAGAAUGAACCAAACUGUUUCGACACUGAAAACACAACUGUUUGCUUGAUGGGAAAAGGUUGUUUAAUUGUAUGGGCCGAAUCUCCUAUAUCUGACCUGGAUAGUAAAGACAAAGUGACGGAACAUUGCAUCCAGUUUACACGGAAUAUGUUUAAAAAAUGCUCUUUAUAUUCAAUAGAAACAGCGAAUGUAAAUGUGACUGUCAAGUAUUCUGAAUUACAUGAAGAAUCUGGAAAUGAUGAGGAUGACCACCUAGAAUGUGGUAAAUGUGGACGAGUUUGUCUCAGCAUCAACUCGUUCAUCUCACACAAAAAGGAAUGUGUAAGAAAUCUAAAGAGACGAAACAAACAAGACGGGCUAAAGGGAGACAUCAGCUCUGUUCUAAACAGUAAACAAAGCCGGACUGGUAGAAUAUCAAAAGAUGAAGAGAAUUUUUUGAGAAUAGCAGUGUUAAUAAUUCGGGUCGCAUCCGCAGCAGUAAGAAAUACUUUCAUUAAAACAUUUCAUGGGAAUGCAUUGACAAAAACAUUAUUUGAGGAUCCGACGGUUUGGGUUUCCACGGCACAAGACAAAAUAAUGAGUCAAUAUGAUUUACAACAAAUAAUACUACAUGGAAGAUCAGGCGUGGCAUCUGUAUAUUCAUUUAGUUUGAAAUUGAUGAUUUGGUUGAUACGAUACCGAACCGCAAGGGAUGAAGAUCGUGCGUUGCAAGAUGAUCCAAAACAUAUAAGUGUCCGUGAUGGGUUAUCAAGAAUUUUGAAAUACAAAAACGAAAUAACUCGUAUGAAAUAUCCUAAAUUACAAGAGGAAAAAUUAGAGCAAUAUUGGACGAAUAUUUCCCAGGCUAUCGUGCGACUUGGAGGUGAAGGAUUUCAGCAGAAAUGUAAUGACCUGAAAGUUAGCAUUUUAAAUGAAAACUACAUUGAAAUGUUGACAGAGAUAAUAGAAAUCGUUAAAUCAGAUGAUUCAAAUACACAAGGCUUUAAAAGACUUCUAGACAAUUUGUUCUCACCAAGAACUUCACCUGAUCCAAACUACAUACGAAUUGCUGAUCUGUUAUUGAGAGUUGGUCCACCUGCUGUGAGAAUUCUAUUCGACAGAGAAUUCCAUCCUAAAUUUUUGCAGAGAGAACUUAGAAAAAAAACUGCACGAUUGGCACAUUUAAAAGGCAAAGGAAUGAUAAACGCAGCGCAGUGGGACAAACUAUUUAAGAGUAAAGAUGAAAAUAAAUCAAAAACCUUCGAUCUAUCUCUAAUGAUUUGCUUGAUUCGAAACUUCACUAAUAUACAAGUAACAGAUCAAUUGCCAGGACCCGACGAUGACAGUGAAGGAGCCGCCCUAUCACGGCUUGAAUACUACAGAAAACAUAUUGCAUACAGUCAAGAAUGUGACUUGUCAUUCACAGUGUUUGGGAGGUACUGGGCUGACAUAACUAACGCUAUAUUCAAGAUUGGUGGUAAUAAGUUUUUACAAAGAUGUAACGUCUUGAAAAUGGGUAAACUGAUUCAAAAGGACAAAGCAAUAUUACCAGAACCGACCUCUAGGGACAUUCCAAACUAGCAUGCUCCUUAAAAUG